AUGUUCGGUAUUCUAAAGAUAGGGAUAAUAUGGCUAGCCUUGUUAAAUGUUUCUAAUUGUGAUAAUUUAAAGGUGGGACACAAGCCAAUUCUGAAAUAUAAUGUUAAGUACUACCAUUCCAAUAUACCUAAGGACUUCGCAGAUACAUUUGUUGGUUUAAAUGACAAAAUUGUAGAAAAUGGAUCCUUUGAAGUUCUAGGCAUCGAUGGACUGUCAUCUAAAGACCAAUAUUUAUGCUUUGUACCGAAUCCAGCUACAGCUAAUGUUAGUAUCGAAAGUCCACAACGGAAUCCCAAUUCGAAAGAAAUAGAAACAGGUCCAAGGACAGACGCAGAAAUAAUACAAAGAGGCGUGGAGGCUAUUCAGAAUUCCUUUUCAAGAAAAGAUUGUGUGUUUGCCUACGGAUCAAAUGGAGGAUACUGGACGCUAGGGUAUUGCUUUGGUGAUAAAGUUGUGCAAUUCCAUGAGAAUCUUCAACAUUUCUUAGCAACUGGUAAGCACAAACCCGAAUACCCAGAUUAUAUAUAUGUGCUAGGGAGAUUUAAAGGCUCCUCCAAAGAGCCUUCAAAAUUAAAGAACCAAUCACCAUGGACCAGCAAUGAUUUAGAUGUAUCAGAAUUCACUAUCCAUGAGAGUUCGAUCAUAUCCGAUGCUACAGCAAAGAAUGAACAGAGUAGGUUCAUCCAACAUACGUUAUACAAUGGAGAAAUUUGCGAUCUAACUCGAAAACCUAGAUCAAUUGAUAUAAUUUAUAAAUGUGAUCCCAACCACAGAGGCAGGAUAGAGAUCCUAGAUCAGCAAGAAAUUAAAACCUGCGUAUAUCAGAUGGUGAUAGGUGUUCCAGCACUUUGCACAUUAGAUGAGUUUAGGCCUAACAAAGUAGAAGAUCAAAUCGUUGACAUCGACUGUAAAUUAAUAGACCAAAAAAAUCAAGUUAAGGCCGAUAAACUAAGCUACCAAGACUUUUUUUAUUACUCCGAAGAUAUAUCAAAUGAUAAGAAGCUUUUUCCAAUACCGCAUGCAUACAAAGUUUCAUUAAAUAACUAUCAUUUGAGUCCUUGCGGAUAUGGCUUUUACUUAGGUCAGAGCAAGGUUCCAAUCAAUUCACCCAAUGUGUAUUUCAAUUUCCGUCAUAUCCUUGUUUUCAACGACCAGUAUCAUUCAAGCACCGACCUUUUGGAAAAGCUAGGCAAAAUGCUUCAAGUUUGUAUCGGAAAUAAAAUCUUAUCUCCACAUAUAGAGAAUAUGAAACAGUCCCUACUUUCCUGGAAUGACUCCUUCAUUCUUUGGUUCGAGUUAUAUGAUUUCUACGGCUCGUUUAUAUCAUUAGUAAAAGUAACCAGAGAUGGUUCAAAACAAGAAUUGGAAUUAGCAUUGAGAUUAAUAGACCCAGAAACUAUGCUUGACCAAGAUGGUGACUUGGUUAAGGUUCCCGAAUUCGAUGCACCCAACAAUGCAUGGAAUUUCCAAAAGUUUUCAAAAGGAAAAGCAUCAGCCCCCAAUCAAGACUCGAUUGAAAAAACUAAUGCUGGGACUGAUGAACAAUACGAGAGCACCAGUACGGAAAUUGUCACAGUUACAGUUACAGAAAGUCUUGAUGCUAGUCCUAGCGACGAUGCUCAAGAGAUGUCGAAGGAAAUGAUUAUUUUGAAAAAAUUAGCUGACAAGCUAGGAAUGACGGAUAUUCACGAAUUGCAUCAAGCUAUAGAGGAACUUGAUAUUGAGCUUGAAGUACAGCAUGAUGAAUUAUGA